AUGCAAGCAAAAGGACAGUCAGAUGAGGCCCAUCCAAAGCCUACUGGCACUUUAAGCACAGAUGAAAAUCAGGGGCGUACUGCCAGCUCUACCAGGUGUCUACAGUGCCAAGCUUUGGCUUCUGUGUCGACCUUGGAAAAGACCCCAGGAUGGGAUCACAUGCCAGAAAAAGACAAACAGGCAGGAGGAAAAAAGCACUCUGAUGCAGCCCUUCACCAACUCCUUGAUGAAAUGUUGCAGCCUGAUGAUAACAGAGGAGAUAAUGACUGUGAAAAAGAGUACAUAACUGACAAUGCCGAAGUCUCAAUCUACAUGCUUCCAUUAGGUCAGAUUAUCUCAGGGCACAACGUGAGCUACCACAGCUAUGCUGAUGACACACAGCUGUAUUUAUCAAUAGCACCUGGUGACCCCAAAUCUCUUGAUUCGCACACUUGUAUCUCAGAAUGGAUGAAUAGUAACUUUCUCAAAUUAAAUAAAGAAAAAACUGGAAUCUUAGUGAUUGGCAAUAAUGGAUACAAUGAGGCUAUUAGAAAUAAACUGGAUGCAUUAGGAUUAAAAGUCAAAUCGGAGGUAAAAAGCUUAGGGGUAACCGUUGAUUGUAAUCUGAAUUUUAAAUCGCAUAUUAAUCAGAUCACAAGGACAGCAUUUUUUCACCUAAGAAACAUAGCAAAAGUUAGACCUCUUAUAUCAUCGAAAGAUGCAGAGAAAUUAGUUCAUGCGUUUGUUUUCAGUCAGCUAGAUUACUGUAACGCACUCCUCUCAGGACUACCCAAAAAAGACAUCAAUCGUUUGCAACUAGUGCAGAAUGCAGCUGCUAGAAUCCUUACCAGGAAAAGAAAAUCCGAACACAUUUCUCCAGUUUUGAUGUCACUACACUGGUUACCUGUGUCAUUCAGAAUUGACUUUAAAAUUCUGCUUAUGGUUUAUAAAGCUUUAAAUAAUCUCGCCCCGGCUUAUAUAUCGGAAUGUCUGACACCUUAUAUUCCAAAUCGUAACCUCAGAUCCUCAACUGAGUGUCUCCUUAGAAUUCCAAGAGCAAAACUUAAAAGAAGUGGUGAGGCGGCCUUCUGCUGUUAUGCACCUAAAAUCUGGAAUAGCCUGCCAGUAGGAAUUCGCCAGGCUAAUACAGUGGAGCACUUUAAAAAACUACUGAAAACACAUUAUUUUAACAUGGCCUUCUCAUAA